CAGGGACGCGCUACUCUCUGUAGUUCUUUCGACUAAAUCCCCUCUCAAUUGCAGCUGCGCCGGUCCGGCGGUCAGAGAUCUCCGGUCCGACGAGCUUCCUGCCGCCGCGAUGGGCGGCGAUCUAUUUGUCUUUGUCUUUUCCGUAUGUGCGACGGUUAACAAGCAGAUGCAUAGUGGGGGGAGGGAGUUAACGACAGUUAACAAUGGCGAAUUUAAAAUCCCCCAAUUUUCUCAGCAUUUUCGGUUGCAAAUUUAAACCGAUAUUCUCCUCUCUCUAUGAACUGGUGAGUUGAAAAAUUAUCUUCCUAUUUCGAAUUCACCGAGCAGAAACCAAAGCUUGUUAAGCUAUUAACAUGAUUUUCCCCUUUCACAUCACAUUGUUCUUGGUGCUCUCGUUUUUCUGUUUUAGCUCAGUUCUUAGCAGAGAAAUUUCGGGAGCGGACAUUUUAGGUGCUCAGUUACGAGGUGGAAGCUUAUUACAUGGCAGAACAAAGAGCUCUCGUGUUUUCAGUGUCAGAAGCUUCGGUGCUCGAGCAAAUGGAUUAACAGAUGAUAGCAAUGCCUUUGUAGCAGCAUGGAAAAGGGCUUGUGGUUCCAGUGGAGUGGUAACGCUUCUGGUUCCAAAAGGGACAUAUUUGGUUGGUCCAGUAAAAUUUUCAGGGCCUUGCAGGAAUGUUUCAUCUCUAACUGUUAAAAUGAAGGGCUAUUUGAAGGCCUCAACAGACCUGUCAAAGUAUGACUCUGGUGCAGGCUGGAUUGAGUUCAGAUGGAUGGAGGGGUUAAUCUUGACCGGAGGUGGAACUUUCGACGGCCGAGGUGCUGAAGCAUGGCCAUUCAAUAACUGCCUCAAUGACUACAAUUGCAGACUUCUUCCUACUAACUUGAAAUUUGUGGCGAUGAAUAACACUGUCGUCCGACACAUAUCUUCGGUGAACAGCAAGUUCUUUCACCUAGCUUUAGUACACUGCAAGAGGUUCAAAGGUAGCAAACUCAUGAUUUCAGCUCCAGCAAAUAGUCCCAACACUGAUGGCAUCCACAUCGACCGAAGCUCUAACAUCCAUCUUUAUCGAUCACACAUCCGAACUGGUGAUGACUGCAUAUCCAUCGGACAGGGGAAUUCCCAUGUCACAAUCACCAGCAUCAACUGUGGACCUGGCCAUGGGAUCAGCGUUGGGAGCUUGGGAAGAUAUCAAAACGAAGGAGAUGUUAGCAGAUUAGUCGUUAAAGAUUGCAGCCUUACAGGAACCACAAAUGGGAUCAGAAUCAAGACAAGCCCAAACUCUCCUGGUAGCAGCUUAGCCACAAACAUGACAUUUAAGAACAUUACCAUGAACAAUGUGUCCAAUCCAAUUAUCAUUGAUCAAUCAUAUUGUCCUUUCAGAUCCUGCUCUUUUAAGGCACCAUCUCUAGUGAAGCUGAGAAACAUUUAUUUCAAGAACAUAAGAGGGACCUCUUCCUCCAAGGUGGCUGUGGCUUUAGAAUGCAGCAAGGGAUUCCCAUGUCAGAAUGUGAAGCUUGAAAAUGUUCAUUUGGUUCUGUCAUCAGGCCACAACCACCCCUCUUCUUCCACUUGCAAGUAUGUUAGAGCCAAAUAUAUUGGCACCCAAAUCCCACCCCCUUGUCUUUAGAUUUCAUUUGCAAAUCUUUGCUUUGUUUUGCAUAUCAUAUUUCUUAUGUUUCUCAAAAGUUGCCACUUUGUGAAAUCUUGACAUUAUUUGCCACUUUGUUAAAUUUUACUUGUAACUUUGAUGUAA